CAAUAUUUCACACGUUAAAGAUCGGCAUACAUGUGUACAUGGGAGAGAAAAAUGUAUUGUUCGUCUGCUGUGACGUUAGAAAGGCUACCUGCACUGUGGACAAUUUGGCCAUUCAUGACGAUGUUAUUCGAGGUAGAGAACGUGUACCGUGUUUAAUCUAUGGUGAAAUUUCGAGUUCUAGAUUCGUUCUUGGCAGUGAAGCAGUUAAAUAUUAGUUUUAAGUGAAGGAACCUCAACUUGCAAAAGGUAUCAACUCAACGGAUGAUUAACUCGGUUCACAUCAAAGCGAAGCACUGAGUUGGAACGUAAUCAUUUUAUGAAAAUCCACAACACAUUUAAUUUAUCCUGAGUAAGGGUAUUUGUAUCGAGAGAUUACAAAAGGUCGAAUACACAAUAACUUUAUAAACGUGUACUUGCCAAAAUCUUUGAGACACUCUGACGGCAAUCAAGUGUGAAAAACUUAAUAUUUAACAACACCAUGUCCUCGCGGAGAAGGAAUGAAAACAUUGCUGUAUAAAACCAGGCCACGAGAGAGCACAACCCAGCCAAGCUGAGGGGUUCAGCAGUGUAGUGAAGAAUAGAAACUUAAGUCUAAGGAAAUCCUUAGAAUCAAUCGAACGCAAUUUUUUUUAUAACACCGGAGAUAUAUUUCAUGCGCUCAUUAUCAGCAACCCACGAUCUCGCGUGCGCCGAACUCGGUAUCAAAUAACAGCGCAUCCUCAGCUAGUGUGGCUGGGCAGGCGUGCUGCAUGUAGGUGCUGGGAUUGGAAUAAUCACUGUGUACUAUGGCCAAAACAUAAUGUAAAAAAAGAGAGGUGGACACACUAAUGGGAGUUUUGCUGAUAUGCCGUCAAAUUUCCUUAUUCUUGCCUUACUAUUGAUUCUUUCGUGCUGUGUGUCUGUGUUUGGUCAGGCUGAUUUGACAGUUCCUAUAAGAUGCUAUAUGUGCAUAUCAAGGAUAGAAGAAAACGACACUUGCAACGAUCCAAUCGACAAAAGAACCAAAAAUAAUCUGCUGGACGAGGAAUGUCUCAGCGGAGUUUGUGUGAAAUGGACAAGAUAUAUUGAUGGUAAGAUAUACCUGGAGAGAACAUGCUCGGCUAAAAUGGACAUGAACAUUAUGCUUAUAGAUGGCGUGUGUCGGACCGAGAGCUUUGGAAAUGGUUACCUUUGCAUGUGUGGACGAAACCUCUGUAACACCGGUAUAUCGCAACUCAAAUUAACUCAGGCGCAUAUGGUUUCUCUUAUUCUAUGUCUGCUGUUCACAUUUUUCUGGUUACCAUGGAGACAAUGACGCCACUUGCGUGUGUUGUACAAUUGAUUGUUUAUCUGGUGUGUAUUUGGCAUGUAGGUAUACAAGAAAAUUAAGAGUCCCUUGAUGCAGUUUUUGGUCUUUACUUUAGGGACGGCUUUGUCUUGUGGUCCUGUUUUUCCUAUUAAUGAUUCAUGGCUGGAAAUUAAUACACGCUAUUAAUAAUUCGCCAUAUGUUUAUUCAACGAAUGAUGCCAAAUUAUUUUGUGAUGAAAUGGUACUUUUGUUACAAUGUCUCUCCCCUGUUGAGUACGACAAUAGAUCGAAAUAGGUUGAAGAUGUAGUCUCGUAAGAGAUGUUUUUGUUUCCUCGGAAGAAAGUUGCAUUCUCUAAAUUUUAAAGAUUUUAAUUAGAUUUUUUUUGUAUGUGUGGGUAGAUGUGUAAAAUUUUGGUGCAUGCAAAUUCUUUUACCAUGGUUACGUGGAAAACAAACACUGACUUACAUGUAAAAAAGUGGUUCCUUUACUAUUAUCGGGUCUGUCGUCUUGAUAGAGCCAUGGAACCAUUUACCGUGGUGGAUUACAUUUAGUUCUAUUCCAUACAUAAUGACUAUGCAAUCAAGAAUUGUGAUCUGAUCGUUGUCUUUUUUAUACAUCAAUUGAUUUUUCGCAAAGAUUAUAUGCAUAUUUUUGGUUAUAAAAACUGGAUUUUUUUCUUUUAAUAACAACAACCCGUCUUUAAUCUAUGUAUUUCUUUAAUUAUGAGAAUUUUGAAGUUGUGUGAAAAAUGUGAAUUUUUGCCACCUUAUUACGGGAAGUGGUUUUCAAUUACACAUGCAUAUAUUUGAAGAAAUGCAUUUUCUUUUCUUUUUCUUUGUUUUUUUUUUUUUAACAUUGAGAAUAAUGUAUAUGAUUUUAUUUUCCACAUAUUUUGUGUUUUACUCGUUAUUGACUAUCAGUGGAAAGAGCAUAUUCACCUUGAUGACAGCAAUAAACACUCUCCACUGGUACAAGAAAUAUUAACAAGGUCUUCUUUUCUAAGAUUUGUAGCAAUCGAUAUUUCAUUCAGAACAGUUUUUGUCUACCAACAGAAUUGGCGUUUUACGAUGUAAGACAGCCGUGUUCGUCCUCCAAUGUUUUUUGUUAGGAGUUAAUGAAUGAAGAGACUGUCGACUUGAUAAGAGAGAUAACUCUAGAUAGCAUUUAACUGGCAAGGUAUCUUUCGGGGGGGGGGGGGGGGGGGGGGGGGGGGGGGGGGGGAGGGGAGGGGAGGAAUCAUGGAUGACGAACGUAGUUUCUUUCUUCAAUAGAAAUUUCACUCUUUAAUGUAUCGUAGCGUAUUCAAUCAUAUCAAACAAGGUUAUAAGGCUAAGGUUUCUGGGAUGAACCGUUCUAUAAUUGAUCAAAAAUAUGUUGCAGAUUGCUUGACUAUGGAGUGUGGCCGAAAAUGUCAAUAUUUUGAAUCAAAAUAUUUUAGAUGUUUUUCAGUUAAGUUUUGAAAUAUAUUUCUGUAUAACAUUAACCAAUCAAUGUUCAUUGUAUUCGAAGGAUAAAUUGUCUCAGGCUAAAAACUUUACAUUAUAACGUUUUAGGAAAUCACUCGAGAUUCGGUUGUAUGACGUGAACGUAUAAUUUACUAAUUACACAUUGUCUUUAAGGUCUAUAAUGAUAUAUUCAUAUUUAUGAUUUUAUUGGAUAAAACAAUAUUUCAUUAUGCUAAGCACGACAUAUUUAUUUAAAUAUCUCGUUAAGUUGCCAUAACGACCACAUUUUGAAUAUACAUUUAUAGAAGGGUUGAUUUUGUAAAAUGGGAGUCGAAAGAAAGGGAUCUCAUUCCCCUUAAAGUGUUGUGUGUUUUUCUCAGAUAGGUACGGUUAAGACCCUGUUGAAUAACCUUUCAAUAAAACGUCACUGAAACAAUCUUUGAAGAUAUGUAGUUCUUUUAAUAAUAUGGACUUAUAAGAAUAUGAUUAUGUUGUUUUAACGUUCGUUAGUUUAAACCUAGAAGUAAUAUGAAUCCCCAGUCUUGAGCAAAGCGUCGUUACUUUCAUCUAUAUCAAUGACCCCGGCCCCAGUAUAACCAAGAGUACAGGUACCUAGAGAAGUUUAACUACAAAACAUUAACCUCGAUUUAGAUUCGUCAUCCACAGUCUCCUGAAGGAAACUGUUAACUUACAAAGGGACAGGGAUAUUGCACCGUAACUCAUAUUGGGGAUUCUGAUACUGUUGUGUUUUUAAUAUUUUAUAAUUGAAAACGAGGUCAAAUUGUGGGAUAUGUUAAUUGGUGUUCGGUUUUCAACUACAUUGAUUGAUGUUUGAUUUUCAACUAUGUUGAUUGAUGUUUGAUUUUCAACUAUUAUGAUUAAUGUUAGUUUCUCAGCUAUGUAUAUUUAUGUUUGGUUUUCAACUUUUGUUCCGUAUACUUGUGACUAAGACGAUGAUUACUUGUGGGAAAUCUGAGUGUGAUUCCUGGAAAACAAUUCAGCCAAAGCGAAGAACGAAGAAAUGUGCUUGUUAAAGCACUAAUUUCCUACCUGUAUCUGCACCAAAUUAAAUAUUCAUAAUGAUUAUUGAUGUACAUUCAGCCAAGCAUUUGCCUGUAAACGUAUUAUAGUAGUUAAAAUAGGCUAGUAACACAGUGUCACUUGUCUAGUCCGAAAAUUUUCAAAUUCGAAAGUGUGUACAUAGAUUACCUACAGCCGAACACAAAACUUCAAAAUACCUGAAAUAGAGUUUGUUUUUGGUAUCAAAGUAACCGAACUAUGAUUAGAUCAUUAGGCACUUAUCCAUGGAUCGCUGUGUAAAUUAUCUACACUGUUGUGAUCCACGUGAGCGGAUUUAAGAAACUAUCUCAUGUAUCCAGGCGGGACAAGCAUCACUGUAAAUGUAGUAUUCGAGUGUUAUAGAAAAGUCAAUAUUAGAAAAUCUCACGAAUGGCCGUGGUGUAUACAUGUAUUUGUUUUACACAAUCUGUAUAGUUGUUCACAGAUUUUUUAAUUGCACAUUCGAUAUGUGUAUAUGCACGUUUAAGUUUACACUCAAUCAUAAGUAUGUAAGUUGUCAAAAACCAGCGUUUUGUUUUCUCUCCAUUGUUAUGGCGUAAUACUAGUACGCUACAAUUCUCACUUGUUGAUUAGUUGUCUUCCGAUAUUUGAUAGAAUUCCAGUUUUUUCAUGUGUUGACAUUUUUAUUCAUAAUAAAAUUUCACCUAAC